UCAUUCAUUUUCGAUUGAUCGCAACAAUUGCAAGAAGAAGGGAAAACUGUGACCAAAAUUAUUAGUUCUAGUUUCAUCAAACAACAAUAUACGAGUCGUACCAGAAACAGCUGUACAACUUACUUUGAGCUAGGAAUAACCAAGCGAAUACGGAAUAGCGGUAGUUAUAAACAUUCCAGUCAGGAUGCCAUUCGGAAAGACGUGCUCGCAGAAAGCCUCGCCAAUAACAAUGGUAACGGUAUCAUCAUAUCCCAGACAGAAUGCAGCAGUCUAUCCAACUCAACGGUCAGCCUAUCCGACACAACAAGCAGCACCUGUAACAGCAGCUUCAUCCAAGCCAUUCGUUGAGCCGCCAAUGGUUGCCCCAGUAGCUCCCUGCCCAGGACAGUGCCAGCUACCAAUCCCAGCACAGCCCUAUCCGCCAGCCUACGCCCCUCGCGAGUCGGACGCUCCUCCAGCAUACCCUGGACUCCACAGUGCCAGCACCGGACCAGCAUAUCCUGUGGUGGCUCGACCAGUCGCAUCCGCAAAUACCGUAGCUUCUGUUCAUGUUCUCGUAAAAGGCCAACCGACCGUUGUGUUCGAGGCAGAUGCAAGAUUUGGUGGUCCAGGGCGUGGUGGAACAUUCACAGUUCCGCCACCACCACCCGGCUAUCAGGCAACACAUGCACAGCUGGCGGCUGCCAGUGGACUUGCGGUGAAAGUCGAGCGGAAGAAGACGACCUUUGUGUACGGUGGCGGAGAUGCGGGCAUGUCGUGGUGAAUACGAUUGCAGUAGGAACACCAACUCGACAGGUUGGUCAAGCCGAGGAUGAGACACUGCCAGCGCUAGGCAGCCCCGCUAAACUAACACUAUGUUCAUGCAUCUAUCUCGGCUGGAAGCACACAUCCAUCGUUGUACCGGGCUCCCUUUGAUAUGAUUCUUUGUCCAAGCUGAGUUACGUCUACUGAUGAGUCUAGCCUUUAUAACACCACUCAGUGUUGCAUGCAUGCACAUUCGCCGUGCCAACCAUAUGCUAUGACAUGCUAACUUUGAGUACACGUUUUCAAUGGCAAAUUGGGCAUGUGGGAAAACUUCCGUACAUCAGCUGCUGAACACAAUUGUAAUCCCACACUGUAAAAAUGUUCUUCUUGAAAACUUGAUAACAGCCGCCAUAAUUCUGUUGUAUUUUUUUUAAACAAUGCCAUCCCACAUACGCUAUCAUCAGUGAAAAGGCAGUCACCACACACCUGACCACACAUGCUGUAUAGGCCAAGAACAAUGACUGUUAUCAUACUUCAUCACGGUAUUAUAUUUAUCACCGCAGCAUUUUUUUUAAUCCUAAAAAUUAUCAAUACUCAA